AUGCCUCGUCAUGCACGUUUAGUUACCGAGUCAGAGUCAGACUACUCAGAGUCGGACGUCUCCAUGGACAUUCCCCGCCACAGACACUCCGUCAGAAAACGUUCUAUUUCUCGUCAUCGCUAUGAUCCUGAUUUCAGCAGCACGACCUAUCUCAGUCCUGUCUUGCAUGAAGACGUCCGUAUCCAUCGCUCCGCUUCAACGGGCGGUCGGCGCCGCCGUGAACCUCAGGCCCCUCCCCCUCCUCCCGCAGUCAUUGUUGAUAUCAAAAACGACACCCGCAACAAAAGCACCAACAGGAGUGCCAACAAGAACCGCAAGCAGCGCCAGGAGGACACAACCAUUGUCGACAUCGAAUCGGAGGAUGAAACUGUUCUCCGAAAGCACCGUCGACCUCGUGCUAGCACCAGCGUGUCUCGCGAGGCUUCUCCUCGUCACCGUGAUUUUGAAUUGGUGAUUGAUCAACGGAUGCUCGAGAAGAACGAUGUACGCCAGGACCUCGAGCUCGUGAAGCAUCAGAUGGAGAUCGAACGUCUAGAGCGGGAGCUUGCUCGCCGGCGCGGUGAACAUGAGAACAACCAGACUCAACUUGUUAAAGAAGAAGAAGACUGGUACGAAGAUGAGAUCAGUGAACGUCUAAGACGACUUGAGCGGUUCGAGAAGAAGAAGCGCAUGGAAGAGGAACAGCGGCAGGCCGAGUUCCGCUUCAAGCUACGAAAAUUCGAAGAGGCGGAGCGCCAGGCUGCGGAGCAGGAAGAAGUCCGGGCCAAGCUGCGCGAGGAGAAACUUAAGGAGCUUCAGCGCAAGAUGGAGGAAGAGGAAGAGCGCGAGCGUCUCAAGAAGCAACUCCGUGAUGAGCAAGCAAGGCAGCUGCUCGAGCAGAUGGAACGUGACAAGAAGGAGGCGGCCAUGAAGCAGGCUGCUAUCGAGGAAUACAAGAUCGCCGAAGAGCGGAGGCGCAUUGCUGAGCGGGAGGAGAAGGAGAGAAAAGACCGCGAGUUCAGGCAUCGACUAAAGAUGGAGUUUGGUUAUACCGAGGCAGAGAUUGAGGACAUCAUCAACAAAAAGAAGAAUCCAUCCAAGGAAGAGGAGAAGAAGAAAGACAAGGAAGAGAAAAAGGAGAAGGAGAAAGAAAAGGAAAAGGAAAAAGAGAAGGAGAUUGAGCACCACAAGAGUACGUGGAUCAAGGUCCACCGCAAGUAUAUCCUCCCAGAGACGCUGAUUGCUUAUCGCCUGCCUUGGGAUUUCGACGAGCUCGACGGCAACUACAUUAUCAUCAAGCAAUGGAUCCCUGAAGAUUUCCAGGAAGAGCUUUUUGCCCACACACGGCGACUACGCGAAGGCAAGGUCAUCACUGAGACCUCAAGCACCCUAACCGAACUCAAAGUCAAUGAUCGCAAGAAAGACAAGAUGUUCCUUGUGCGCAAGAAGAGCCCCAACCGAAAGGCAUGGAUUUUCACAUAA